CGGUGUGCUGGAUUGUGCGAUGUCUUUGCUGAUGAUGGCGGCUGUCAUGUUGGGCUGGUCGAGAACGUUGCGGACGUACAUGGUCUACCUGUGGAUACGUUACCUUUUCUGCCUUGGUCUGUGGUUGAUUAUCUGGAAGGCAUUCGGUAACUCGGAGCAGAUCUCGGAGCCCUACAUGCCAUUCUCCGUGUGGUGUCUGGUGCUGCUGCUGUUCAGUGUCUAUUACAGCCUUGAGCUCUGGAUAAUGAAGGGCACGUAUGAUGCCAUCAACCUCGAGUGUAGCAUCCGCGAACAGAAUGAUGCUGCUUGCUGUCCCUCACUGUGUGCGGGAGGAUUUAUGGCCUAAAGGAAAUGGGGAACAAGUUCCG